AUGGUCCAAAGAAAGGUGCCAAACAAGCUUGGAAUCCAAGCUGAUCAUGAUAAAUUCGAGAAGCAGUUUUCGAGCCUGAAGACGUCUUCUCAGUUCCAAGAUGGGAAACACAGAGGAGCUGAUUUGAAGAAGAAGAAGAUGAAGAAAGCUAGAUCAAUCAAGCUUUCAGAUGUUCAGAGCUUGAGAUCAUCACCUUUGAGGAAGAACUUAUCUCAGCCAGGAAGGCCGCCACCGCAGCCUCUCAAUGUUCCAAGCACUGCGGCUUCCCCUCAGAAGCAGCCUCUGACCAAGGCAACUUACGGCUCGCCAAGCUACAUGAAGCCCACCAGCUGUUCUCAUGCAAAGAAGGAGCAGUCACAGGUUAGUCUUCGAAGUUCUCCGCCUAUAUUUUCGGAUAGUAAGAACCAGAACCGAAAAAAUUCAGGCAGUUCAAAGCUUAGCUCUGCUUCUAGUAAACCUGAAAGAAGUUUAGCAAGGACAUCUGGUUUGAAGCUUGUGAGAACUUUAAUGAAGUCCCCUAGUUUUAAGCCGGCAAGAGCUUCGGCGAAAAAAACUUCCAGGGUUGCUCUUUGUGCAGAUGUGAAUGUUCAGAGAGCAACUUGUUCUUCAACACUGAAGGAUACAAAGUUUCCUGACUAUCUGACGAUUAGUCCUGGGGGAACCGAAGCUGAGGGAACUUCAAUCAUGAAGGUUUGCCCGUAUACGUACUGUUCUCUUAAUGGCCAUCAUCAUUCGCCUAUGCCACCAUUGAAGAGUUUCUUGUCUGCAAGAAGACGUUCGUUGAAGACCCAGAAGAUGAUGAAAUUGCAAGCUCUGAGUCCACGCGGAGCAAAGCGAUGUAAUGAUGGAACAAAAGAAAUUGAUUUGCAGAAAAUGUUGUUUGAUGAGAAUGAAAAAAUUGCAGAGAAAGAAGCUGCUUUGGAUUUCUUUGUUGAAAUUUAUGCUACAAACGAGGAAGAUGGCACCGAGGCAUUUGGAAGGAAAGCAGGAGCUGAUUUUGUAGGACAACAAGAAGUUUACGAGGGUCCUGCGUUUCCAAAUGAUGCAAGUGAUGAAGCAGAAACAGAAAAUUAUGCCAACAGCCUAGUUGUGGAGAACCUGUUGGAUAGAUCACCGCAUUCUGAGAGUGAAUCUGUGGCAGAAAGCUUCGAAGAAUUUCCUGAAGAAGACCAAAAAGAAGAUGCAGAUGAAGACUACGGACCACAGUCAGAUCAAGAAGACAAUUCCACUGGAAGCUGCUUGAAAGAGAGUGACUCUGAAGACCUUUCAAGCACUGAAAUGGAUUAUUCCAGUUCUGAAAGUAUUGACAUGGAGUGGGAGGAAGGGCAAUUUGCCACUACAGUGCUUGGUGAUUAUGAAUCUGUCCCAAAUGCCGGUUGUUCAAUAAAAAUUCAAGACACUGAUAAGCAAGAAGAAUCGCUGAUCAACUCUGACGCAAUGAAAGGUAACAGCGAUAAUAUGAUUCAGGAUUAUUAUGUAGUACUGCAGAAUGAUGGUGAUGUCAGUGAACAGGAUGUCAUUAAACAGAAUUUUGAGAUUCAAGAGUCUGAGCAAGAGUAUGAAAGAUGGAGUUACGACCAACUUUCUUACACUGAGGAUGCAUUUGAAGGAGGCAGUGAACUAUCGGAGACAGAUUGCAUAGAAAUAUCUUCAAAAGAGGAGCCAACUGAGGAACUAACAGGAACUGGUGAGGAAAUUCAAGAACAAAAUGAAUGUUUUGAAGCAGAGGAUCAUGAGAUCGGCUCUCACCUUGGACAUGUUGAAAGCAACUACACCAUUGUGGAGACAGAUGAAGCUUCAGAGAACCAAACAAAUAAUACAUUUCAUGAAGAUGAAACUAGUACGCUGACAGGAGACCGAAUUUCUAUUCCUUCUCAGGAUAGCUGCGACACAGAUGAUGCUGAAACAGAUGAAGGAUGCAACGGGAACCAUGAUAAAGAGAAUUCAGAAACAAAUCAAAAUGUUGCACCUGGUGACUUUGGCUUGGAACCCGAACUCCCUACAGGGGUUCCUGAAAAUCAAAUGGAAGCAACAGAGCAAAUUGGUGAUGUCAAACCAUCACCGGAGAUUCAGCUUUCUGAUUCGGUGCACGAUGCUUCUGAAGCUGAUGAAGAUGCUGUCAAGGUUGACGAUUAUGAUAAUGGCAAGAAGACUGAGCCCUUCCAGCAUAAUGACAUUGCUGAAGAUGGUAACCUGUCCAAAGGGAAGCACACGAAGCCCAAAAUUUCAAGUUCCAAUGAAUCUGAGGAUCCAAGCGUUUUAAGGCUGAAAAAAUCAGAUAUCUUCGGUAACAACACAGGAGAACCUGAUAACAUGGAAGUGGAAAACAAUUCAGAGCCAGAUGCCACAAAAAAUUUCAACGCGGCCAAUAAUAGCAUUAGCCCUGGGAUGAAGAGAAAAUUUACUGAAGCAGCAAGCAACUUCGACCAAGAACUGCCCAACACCUACAACUACUGGAAAAGAAUCAAAUGCAAGAAACUUAACAUGGAUGGGGAGGAGCAAAGGAAGUUCAAUCCAAGAGAACCGAAUUACCUGCCUUUGGUUCCUGACCCUGAACCAGAAAAGGUUGACCUCAGGCAUCAGAUUAUCGACGACAAGAAAAAUACAGAUGAAUGGAUGCUUGACUAUGCACUCCAGCAAGCUGUCACAAAACUGGCCCCUGCAAGGAAGAAGAAGGUGGCACUGCUUGUUGCAGCUUUCGAAACGGUCAUGCCAGCGCCCAAAGUUGAAAAACAUCUUCGGCAUACAUCAACAGGCUUCAGUCACGCAAGACCUAUGCAAGCUUGUAGCUGAUGACAGUUACUGAGGUGAAAAGAAUGCAACAUCUAUAAGCUACUGAAGCGAAGGCACAAGAAUAUAUGAGAACUACAGUUCCAGCAGAACACAACUCCCCGUUUCUCGGCUCCUUUCAGAAUUUCUGGAGAGGAAGGAGACAGCUUCAUGCAGUGACGAUUCGAGAGUGGUUCUCCUACAGCUCCAUGCUAGUGUACUUUGAUUAACAAUAUAUAUAAUGACAGUUUAAUGUUUUAUGGUGUGAUUUGCUACCAUUUCAUCCCCUACCGUUGCAGGAGGCACUGGCCUCCAAAACAAUAUUAUAUGGUUGUUUGCUUAA